AUGCAAGGCAUUCAAAGCUUUUCCGAAGACACGGCCACAUGGGAGCAAGUGGAUGAUCGUGUCAAGUGCCUGUGGCCGUCUGUGGAAUUGGCGGCACAAUCGGAUCUGACCGGGUUGCGUUGCAUUCGUCCUUUGCCGGCGUAUCAUUGGAACAAGAACAUUCCCGUUCAAAGUCGAACCAAAAUCUUUGGCAAUGCCUCGCCCAAUCCUCCCAAUAGCAAACUGUACAAGCAUGGUCUUUCGACGCACGAACAACAUCUAGCACUUGCCCCCACCACCCAUGGAAAGUUCCUGUUCAACACCGAAGGAGUUCUCUAUGUAGGGUCGCACAACUUCAGCCGAGCUGCAUGGGGAUUGGGAGAUGCAAUGCCCAAGAACGUAGAACUGGGAGUGGUCAUGGUGUCUUCCAAAUUUGAUCGUAUUCAAGCAUGGGUAGAACGACUGCCUUGUCGAUUGGUUCCACCCAGCAAUACUGCCCCCCAAUGCUACCAACCCUUUUGUGGCUUGAACUAUCAAGGCUUUUUGGACAAGCAUGCCUUGAGCCAGCAGCGGAAGGAGCAGCAAAAUGGCCAUCAAGAUUGUUGGGAUUGA